AUGAGGAAGACAUCAACAUCUUGCAUCGCAGUCGAAAGUAGCUACAGAAAAUCGUCUUCGCUUCUUUGGACAUAUACUGAGGAGACCAGCAAACCGCCUCGUUCAACAAGUUCUGAGGAAUUCAAGUUGGAAAAGAUCACCAGGCCAAAAAAGGAAGUUCUGGGCUCUCGCAGCAGAGAAGGUUGGGGAGAGCUAUGUUCAAGGACGGCACACAUCAGCGAAGAUGCGGGCAGUCGCGUCAGAUAUCAGCCCGCUGGUAAAGUCAAGUAG